AUGGCGAUUUCUACAUCCCGCAGAGGAUCAUCUCCUGUUGCGAAGCCGCUAGAUGAGUUACCAACUAACAAUAAUUUCCGGAUUAAUGAUGCGAAGAUCAAGCUGACACAUUCACCUAUACGGACACAUACGGAUGAGGACUAUGAGGAUAUAGGUGAUGGCGGGGAGCAUGAGCUGCAGCCACCAAUGAAGCGUAUAAAAAUGAGUUCUAUUCCUAAGUUAACUCAGCCGGAGAGUAUUCCUUUAAUUUCUUCGCCCCAGCCGAUUGAGAUGCUGGAUAAUAUGGACCCGCUUUCGUUGACCAGUCCUAUUAAGAGACCACAUAACAAUGGGGCUCAUGAUCAAGACCAUGUUGAUCAGCAGGAUGUUUUAGAUAUUCAAGAUGAUAUCAAAAAUGUCGUUGAUACGACGCCAUUGAAGGAGAACGGUGUGAACGUGUUUGAGAAAAUGACACCAAUAAAGCCUAGCCCAGAUGAUGGUCCGCGGAAUUUGCAAGCUGAGUUGCGCCGGCAAGAUAAAGAGUCCCACGAGCAGAGUCUUACAGGUAUUGAUAGGUCAGAGGAUGCUCAGCGUUCAUUUGAAGUGCAGAGAGGCGAUUGGGAUAGUUUGUCAGGGCUAAUUGAUGAGAAAAAUGCUACUAUUAGACAACUAACCCUUGAAAUUCGCAAUGUUCAGGACAGUUUAUGGGAAGUGACCAAAACUAAAGAGUCUUUUGAGGUAUCUAAUUGCAUGCAGGCUGAAGAGUUAAAGGAUAUUGGCAAAGAAUAUGAGCAGAUACAAGCUCAAUAUACCGAUGUAUGUGGCCAGAAGGACAAACUUGAACAGAGAGUGGACAAAUUAAAAGCUAGAAGUUCCGAACUCAAAAACGAACUCACCAUGGCAAUGCAAAAUUCUCAGAUCUUGCAAGAAAAGUACCACACACAAGUGACGAAGAAUGAAGAACUGGAACAUCAGAUAUCAGAUAAGGAAGAUUCAGUCAAGUCGUUAGAGACCAAGCUUGAACAUUCGCAGGCCCAGAUAAAGCAACUUUCUCACCAAUUAGAACAAGCUAGAGAUAAGGUAGCCGAAGUGGAGCAGAACCUAAUGGAUGGCAAAAGAGCAUAUGAUCAUCAAAAAUCAAAUGCACAACAGCUGGAAUCACAGCUCUCUGAAAAAACAGCAAAGAUAGAAGAGCUGACCCACACCAUUGAACAAUCAAAAGAUGCUCAGAACAGAUCUUCUUCUGAGCUUGAGUCUAAGAUUACAGAUCUGACUGAAGAAAAUCUAAUACUAGAAAAGGAAUACCAAAAGUUGCUUAAAGACUACGACUCCGAAACCAAAGCUCUACGCAACCAAAUAAAAGAUAUUUAUGAGGAAAAUAAAUCAUUGGAAAGCAAAUAUGAGGUUGAUUGCAAAGAAUUGGUUUCCCUGAAGACGCAGCGGACUGAAUUUGAGAAGCAAAUUAAAAACCUCAUUUCAGAACUCGAGGAGGCCAAUAAUGAACUCGUCAGUAAAAAGGCAGAAGUAAAUGAACUCAACUCCACUAUAACCGAGCUCAAGCAAUCAGAAAAAUAUCUGCAAGAAUCCAUAGGAGGGCGUGAACAAUCCGUGAAGGACUGGCACUCGAAGUUAGAUAUCAAAGAAGAAGAAUUGAGGCGUCUGAAUGCCGAAUACGAAAGCGUAAUGUUCAAAAAUGGCAACAUGGAGGCAGAACAUCUAGCAGAACUUGAACAGUUGCACGAGAACAUGGCUAAGUUUCAAAGCAUGCUGGAGAAGCUAACCAAAGAAAAUCAUGAUCUUAAAGAAGUCAUUGCUAACAAAGAGAAGGAAGAGCUAACAAGAGCUGAGUCUGAGAAAAAUGAGCCAAAAUCCUCAGAACAGGAUGAAAAACUCCUGACUCGCAUCAAGGACCUCGAGUCUCAGCUGCUUGAAAAGGACAAAGACACAAAUCACCGAUUACAGAUGCUUGCUGAAGACCUCUAUAUCCAGUACUCAUCCAAACAUGAACAAAAAGUCAAAAUGUUGAAAAAGAGUUACGAAGUGAAAUACCAGGAGUCUAUGGACAAACUCCAAUUAGAGAAUUCUGCAUUGAUGGAUGAAGUUACUCAACUUCAAAAUAAAGUGGAGACAGAACGUCGCGAGAAACAAGAACUGAUUAAGAUGUUAGAUAAAUAG